UCGCUUCGCCUCACUUGUUUUUUCGGCUUUUCUGCGUGCUUCAGUCAGUUUAUUUACUUUGUUAUUAGUCUUGAUUAAAUUGAGAUAUAACAUAUUCUUAUUCCUACAUUGAAAGUGUUUGUUCGAUAUCUUCGAUACGGUAUGAAAAUUCCGUGAGCUUAAGCGCUCAAAAUGUCUUCGGGCAAAAAUAUUUGGCAGGCAGCGGCUACCGGCGAUCCUAUAGCUCUCCAAAAGUGCCUCCAACGGAAGUCAAACAAAAAUAAGCUUAUUAAAGUAAAUAAUUUUCGGGAUAAUCACAACUGGACAUUGCUGCAUCACGCAGUCACUAGCGGAAAUGUAGAGUGCGUCGAACUACUGUUAACGCGCACGGAUACUGAUGUGACUGCUCGGUGUUUCGAAGGUCGGACGGCUUUGCUUUUGGCCUGCUUGAAAGAUGCAUCCUUGGAAAUUGUGAAUAUGUUGUUAGCUAAGAAUUCGUCAACUAUCAAUAUCGGAAGUAACGAGCAUGUGACACCUUUGCACGUUGCUGUUGAGCGGAAAAAUCUUGAACUCGUAGAAUGCCUUGUUGCCAAGGGGGCUAACGUGAACGCAGCAGAUUUUGCCGGUGAAACGCCGCUACACGCAGCUGUAGAAUUCGGCAAUGUAGAAAUUCUGAUUCACUUACUUUUCACCGGACACGCUAAUGCUACGCUUCGAUCAGAAAAUGAUGUCGACCCAUUAAGUCUACUGGCAGCGCGUGGCAAUUAUGAAACGACAACUAAAAUCGCUUGUUUUAAAAUACUGUUCAACUUCGUCUAUACAAAGCAACAAUAUCAACAGAAAUACCAGCUAGAAGAUAUAUACGCGUUUGCACUGCUCAGUUACCGUUCCACAUCACUGAUUCCAUAUUUUGUAGAAACGGCGCUGGUUUGGGAGAGAGAUGCAGAUAAAUGCCGCUUAGCCAGGCAGCUCUUGGAGGGUCCCAACGACCAAUACCUCACCAGCCGCUUCAGCGAUCGUGUCAAUCGCAAUUUGUAUCAGUUCCUCGCCCUAUUACUGGCUGAUGAUGACGGUAUUCGACGACUCCAGGAUGAUUUUAUGAAUUAUGAAGUCAUUUACAGUCAUUCGCUUGUACAAAAUGAGCUAGCGGCACUAUCAGUAGCGGCAAUCCGUGAAAAUGACGACGAAAAAAAGUUACGAAUGCUGAUGGAAUAUCUGGAUUUUGUGAAACAUUUGGCGUACUUUUUCUCUGAUCAUCUAGCAGAAACAUUAGAUAUGAUCAAAAAUGCGUUAAUAAAUGACGAAGAGGAUCAGAAUGAAGCUGUGGAUGCUGCCGAGCUGAAUCGUUACGAAGCCGUCGUCAGCAAAAUGAUUAAUAUCACGUCGGUCGAAGCUGAUGAUAUAUUGAUGACAAUGGUUGCUUCCUCGCCGGAUGAUGUGCAUUUACAGUGGAAAUACUUGCAGCCGGUUGUGGCACAUUGUACGGAUGUGUUUAUGAAUGAACGAAGAAUAACGGCGAAUAACCUGCAGAAAGUUGUGUAUUCUAAGUUGCUUCGAACGUACGGUACACUAUCUCAAGUUCAGCGUUGCGAAGGGUUUAUCUUUGAGGAAUUUUCCCUCUUAAGGCAGGCACGGGAUGCCGUCCGUAGGUUAAUAUGGGUCGCUAUUGAUGAAGAUGAAAAAAAGCGAGAUCUAAUUUUCGCUCGUCGUGUAGAAGCUUUGGAAGUUCCGAAACAUUUAGUUCAGUAUUUACGGUACCUGUAAUUUGAUAAAUAUGUUUCGAAUAAACAUAUCACAAAUGAUUUACACUACAACUAAAUAAAUAUGGACUAUUUAGCAGCGUUCAA